CGUCCACUCCAUCACACCUUCUACGCCACGUCCGAGGUCUGCCCAUCAGCGCCGUCGUCGACCGUCGUCAUGAGUGACGAGAUUGAUGAUCCGAUGGCCGUCGAUGCUGGCCCCUCAACCUCCUCGCAAGCAGGCCCCUCACGCCCAAAGAAGCUAGCCCCCGUCCAAUCCGUCCCACGAACCAAGUUCGUCGUUCUCGAAUACCCUGGCAUCAUUCGUCCCGAUCCCAUUCCUACUACUGCCCAGCUCAACGACGAAGAAGAUGAAGAAGACGAUGAAGAGGACUACGAUGAGGACGGCAAUGGCAUCAAGCCAUCGCGCCGUCGCGCUAUCACAACGAAUCUCGAUUUGGCCCUUGCGACCCUCGCUCCCGAGCCUCCCCCGUACGGCAAUGCAGGCUCUGCGCUUGAUCACCUGGGGCGAGUCAUCAGUCUCAAGAGCAAGGUCGUGGAGUGUAGGCCCUGGGCUGUCGAGCAUCUGAAAAAAGAGAAGGCCAAGCCUCUACCCGCACUUCGACGCGCACUUCGACGACCCUCAGUCGGAGGGGAUGGGGAAGCGGAAGAAGAUCCGCAACAGGGGCUGGAUGCAAUUGAAGACGCGAAAGCCGAUCGCGUUGGCGUAGCUGCUCAGCUUGACCUGUACAGGCGCCCCCUCACGGGUCAAGUGGUCGACACGUACGACUUCGUCACUGUCGUGCAGAGGAGGGUUUGGAGGCGUAAAAAGAAGAGGAAGGCCAAGGCAGGCAAAGAAAGCGCAGCCGAUAACUUGCCAGAUGAGGUCAGGGAGUACACCAUCGAUCCGCUGGGCACGGCGACCACUACGGUACGCUGGCGUACGAUGGCAGACUUUUGCUUCCAGCCGGAGGCUACGCAGAAGGACGAGCUGCUGGACGUGCCCCGAGCUCUGCGAGAAGAUGGAUGGAUGCCUCGUCUACGCCCUUCGAGACCGGGGCAAGAACCAGCAGAGGACACCGAUAUGGCUUCAGUCGAGCCGGAGACCGCCUCAACGCCGCCAAGGACAGCGAACGGCGCAGACGCUGAUGGGGACGACCCGAUGCAAGCAGACGCGCCUCAGCCACUCGCUUCUCCCCCAGCUGGACCGAAUGCCGCAGCUGACGGCGAUGCUCAGAUGGAGUCAGACGCACCGCAAGACGCUGCCUCACAACCGCCCCCUGAUCCCCUCCUGUCGCCCUCUCCUCCCGCACCUCGCGGCGGCCUCCUCACCCUCUACGACGCCCUAGCCCGCAUGGACAUUGACUCUCUGCGCUCCUUCGCCAUACCUGCCGAGACGGAAGAAUAUGAGAUUGAGUCCCCACCGGGAUCAGGCGUCAUGAAAUCGAACUUGCGCAUGCCGCCCCCACCAGCCUUCACGCGCGUCGACCUUCCCUUCCCUUACUCCUUCCGUCAACCCUCCACCUCCGUCAUCGAGUCCUACGCGAAACGGCUACCAGAUGGAACUACGCAAGAAGCACGUCGCUGGACCAAUCAGGCCCGCUGGAAGGGUUUGGCUCCCGCAAAUUGGACGUUCUCCCAGGGCCUGCCCGUGCCCGAUAAGGCGCCCGCCGAGGUGCUCAAACAGCAGGAUCGCUGCGAAGCAAAGAUCCUUGACAAGCUGCGCAAGAUCUUCGAUGAGCGUCCCGUCUGGACGAGGGCAGCCCUGCUCAACCAAUUUGAGAAUGCAGACGAGCGCAAGAUCAUCAUGCAUGCAAAGGAGUACAUUCCCCUUGUCGCGUACACAGUUAAUGACGGUGCCUGGUCUGCUGCACUGGUCAGGUUGGGCUACGAUCUAAGGGCGCACCCUGACUCAAGAUUCUACCAAAAGAUCAUGUUUCAGAACUCGUCGAGUACUGUUGCCAAGGGACGUGGAUCAUUCAGGAGCGCUUAUGGUGGGGCUCACGCCUCUGGAUCGGGAGUCAGCACGGCUAGGAAGGCGCAGUUGCGCGAAGAGGCCGGGACUGAAGCGGGCACUGUCAUCGGCGGAGAAACGAAUGCGUCCGUCUCUGCAGCUGCGGUCAAUGCUGCAGACGAAGAUGGACACGACGGUACAGAAGAGCUUCCGCCCCUGGAAAGCCACACCUUCGAUGGCAGCCGCGUCGGGACGACCAACUCUACCUUUCUCCUCACAGACAUUACCGAUCCGGUUGCCCUCCCGCACAUCCUGGCUACGGGAUCGGAAGAUCUCCUUGCGCAGCCUACGAGCGAAACAGGCUGGUACACCGCAUUGGCAUGGCAGCGUAUCAAGCAAGUGGUUGGUGUGCGCUUCCGCAAGCUGGUGGACGAGAAGCGUCCAGCGACAGAGAAGGAGGUCGAGGACGUGUUGGCUGCAGUGCAGGCUCGAGCAGAUCACAGGGCUAGAAGCUUGGCGCCGGAGGGUAUGAGGGGUAGGGGCGGGUCGCCUGCUGGCAGCGGGAGUGCGGGCAGCCCAGGAGCUGGUAGCGGUAGGGGCAGUGCUGCUGGGAGUGCUUCGCCUUCUAUGAGUCCGCCUGCCCGUGGUCAAGGACGAGGGGCACGCCGAGGUAGUGCAGGAAGCUCUGGGGCCUCUGCCGCAGGGUCUGGGUCUGGCUCGCCUGAGCGUGGGACUCGCGGAGGCAGGGGAGGAAGGGGAAGGGGAGGACGUGGUCGCGGUGGUGGUCGAGGAAGGGGUGGACGCGGUGGCAGAGGAAGAGGAGGAGCAGCAGCGGGGACGGCUAACGCGGCAUCGGCUUCGCCUGGCAGUGGCAGCCCAGGAUGAUCGUGAGGCGAGACGAAGACGCGUCAGAGGCACGACACUACGAUCUCCUUUUUCUGUCAUCUAAGGCCCUGAGAAAAUGUCAUCUCGAAGUGGCCAAACAACCCACUUUGCUGACCGACGCGGCACCUCAACUUGACGUGACCUCUUAGAGACGCGCCAAGGCCCGCGUCGAGCGAGACGAGUCAAGGCGAGCAAGGUCAUGGGACGACGAGCGUACCAAGCAGGGGGUAGGGGGAGGCCUGGGACAGGUGGCAGACAGACACUUGAAUUGUCCAAGCGAGAGGCGG